AUGGAACGCGUGCUAGCCUUUGAGGCGCUUCAGGAGGCCGUUGAGACGCUGAUCGCCAAGCUAAAGGUUGACCUUCGCGAGCAGUACAACGUUCGUCUGAAUCCACGCCAGAUCGAGUCACUGGCGGUGACCCUCACCGACACGGGUUCUCCCCAGCCGGUGGCACUGGCCGACAUUGCUACCAUCAGCUGGAGCCGCUCAGAGCUGGUGGUCAACCUCGCCUCAAUGCCCUCGGCGGUGAAGCCGGUGCUGCGUGCCCUGCACAGCUCAGGCCUGAACCUCAAUCCGCAAACGUCCUCCGCUGAUCCGCUGAUCUACAUUCCACUGCCAAAGGCGGUCACCACCGAGCACCGACGAGCGCUGGUGAAGGCGGUGCAGGCGGCCGGCCAGACGACCAAGGAUCGCCUCAAGGAUCGACACUUUCAGAAGCGGUUCCACCACAGCAAGGACAGCCUGAAAGGCGUCAGCGCCGAUCUGCUCGUCGACGUAGCCGCCAAUCUGGCCCAUUACAUCAGAGAGAAGUGCCGCGAGGUGGACGUCAUCGUCCAGCAGAAGGUGGACUCACUCGAUAAGGGCAACUGA